AUGCCCAGCUCAUGCAAAGAACUGCGCGAAGCACUCGCGCAGUGUCUCCAAGAAUCCGACUGUGUCAUGGUUGAGCGCAACAGCGCCGCCGACUGCCUCCGCGAGCCCCUCGUCAACACCCUCCCGCUCAAGUGUCGACAGCUGAAGAAGGGCUUCGGCGAGUGCAAGCGUGGCAUGGUGGACAUGCGUAAAAGAUUUCGAGGAAACAUGCCCGUGGCAUACCGUACGAUGGAACAGGCCGAGGAGGGUCAAGGAUAUCAACUCUAUGCCGGACGCCCGGCGUUUGCUGGCGGUGUCAAGAAGACGGACGGGAACGAACCCAUUCCUCAAGAUUGGAGAGAAGUCGAGAAUGAGAAGUGGAAGGCAGAACAGGCAGCCAUGGAGCAGCAGAAGAAGAAGUGA